GUCUUUGUCUUUUUCAUGCGAAAUAUGUGUCAAUCUCUCUGUUGGACGGUGCAACAAUAUGAUGAGUCGGCUCUCUGUGGUGUCCCAGCGCGCCGUGUGAUUGGACGGGCCCUUCAGUCGUUACCAGGGGCGUGGAGCCGAGCAAACUGAAUGGGAAACACAUUUGAGUGCCUCACCGGCAUACCAACCUAAUGGAGAGAGACGAUGACAAGCGACAACAGCUGUCCAUGUAAGUUAAUUGCCGAGAAGACCUCAGGGAAAGUAAAAAUUUCCAUCUAUUCAAGCGACCCUUGUGGUGUCUGACUACACGCCUUGCACCCAGCAGCCACGAAGAAGAAGAAGAAGCAGUGGAGGGACGUGCGUUGGGGUCUGCAAAGAAAGAGGGAUGCGAAGACUUGUUAGAGAUAAAUACAACAUAUUUGUUAUUUUUUAUAUUUUUUCCUCCGUUAAUAUGGGGUCUGUUUUUAGUUAGCAAAACCAGAGCUGAAGCUGAGGCUGAAUUUGUUUGCGGUGGCUGUAGUUGCUCCUCUGCGAGGAAAUGGGGAUAAUAUUCGAAUAGGGCGUUUUUUAAAGUCCAGCUUUUUGUCGUUGACAGUCGGCUAACGUUAGCAAGAAUUUUUCAGUUCUGGACCUGACAGGAUCGCCCCUGCUGUGUAUCGCUAGCGUGAGUUUAGCCUGGGUGGUUUUGUUCAAUUGUCUGUUCUUUAAGAACAAGCUCUUAUAUCUGAUGAAAUCUCGCCCAUGUCAUCCAUCCCUGUGCUGAUAAAGGCCUCUGCUGGCAAACUGCGUCACCGGGUGGGCGCUGCAGGUAUUCAUCCAUAAAUCUGUAUUUGGCAAGUGAAGCCAUGGCACGAAUGACCUGGAAACCAAAGUGACUGAACUUUUGAAUCACCAUGGAGCCGGAGGCUAAUUCAGAUUCCGGGGCCCACCAAGAGCCCAAUUAUACAUCUGUACCCAAUUCUCAAUGUGAACUGGCCAUUGGUGAUGGACAUGUUAAUCUUGUGGACUCUGUAGUGCGAGGUGGAAGUGACCCCAGUGCAUACCCUUCCUCCAGUUAUCAGAGGAAUCAGAGAUUCAUCCGGAGAAGCCUGUGGUUUUCAGAUACAGAUGAGCAGGCCCUUGAAACGCCUGAAAGUGAAAACAGGAGUAAAAUCCUAAAUAUAAACUUGCGAACAAUAGUGGACAGGACACGAGGAACUAGUUCUGGGAUCCAAGAGAGUUCCAGCACUGAAAGUCAAGGUGGACAUAAAGACAGUACAACAGAGAGUGCCAGUACUGAUGAGGACAAGGAAAGGGGUGGAAAUGCGCUGAAUGUUACUUGCAGUGAUGGUGGUAAAGUUGCCAUUAAGGCUGCGAGUGAGGAGACUGAAGAGGAGGCGGAGAUGAAAGCAGUCUCUACAUCUCCCGGAGGAAGGUUCCUUAAGUUUGACAUCGAGCUGGGGAGAGGGUCCUUUAAAACAGUCUACAAAGGCCUGGAUACUGAGACCUGGGUGGAGGUUGCCUGGUGUGAGCUACAGGAUCGCAAACUGUCCAAAGUGGAACGUCAGCGCUUUAAAGAGGAGGCAGAAAUGUUGAAAGGUCUUCAACAUCCCAACAUUGUUCGUUUCUAUGACUUCUGGGAAUCAACUCUUAAAGGAAAGAAGUGCAUUGUUUUGGUAACGGAACUCAUGACAUCAGGAACCCUGAAAACUUAUCUAAAGCGGUUCAAGGUGAUGAAGCCCAAGGUGCUGAGAAGCUGGUGCAGACAGAUCCUGAAAGGCCUUCAUUUUCUUCACACCAGGACGCCUCCCAUCAUCCACAGAGACCUCAAAUGUGACAAUAUUUUUAUAACUGGACCUACAGGGUCAGUCAAGAUAGGAGAUUUAGGACUGGCAACACUUAAAGCAGCUUCCUUUGCAAAGAGUGUAAUAGGUACUCCAGAGUUCAUGGCUCCAGAAAUGUAUGAGGAGCAUUAUGAUGAGGCUGUGGAUGUCUACGCCUUUGGCAUGUGUAUGUUAGAGAUGGCAACGUCAGAAUAUCCCUACUCUGAGUGUCAAAAUGCAGCUCAGAUUUAUCGUAAAGUUACAAGUGGAGUGAAGCCAGCCAGCUACAACAAGGUCAUGGAUCCUGAAAUCAAGGAGAUUAUUGGCGAGUGUAUCUGCCAAAAGAAAGAGGAGCGGUACACCAUCAAGGACCUGUUGAAUCAUGCUUUCUUUGCUGAGGACACAGGUGUAAGGGUGGAGCUGGCAGAGGAGGAUGAUGGAAAAAAGACCUCCAUAGCUCUCAAACUGUGGGUGGAAGACCACAAGAAGUUAAAAGGGAAGUACAAGGAGAGUGGAGCCAUUGAGUUCACAUUUGACUUGGAAAAGGAGGUUCCUGAGGUUGUCGCACAAGAAAUGGUGGAGUCUGGUUUCUUCCAUGAGAGUGAUGCUAAGACGGUGGGAAAGUCGAUCAGGGACAGAGUGGCACUGAUCAAAUGGAGAAGGGGGAGAACAUCGUCUAUUGCUGUUCCAGGGGUUCAGGGUGAAGGAGGACUCGGGAUCAAGAUGGCGCCAUCUGAGGGCGCAUCUGUUGGCGCACCACAUGUUGGACAGCCCCUCUUGCUAGAACCAGAAGAGCCAGAGGCAGACCAACACAGCAGACUACGUAACCUGCCGACUAGUACCACUUCAGUGACAUCAGACGGCACACUUGACAGUGGCAUGGGCUCCACUGUGUACUCAGACUCCCACAGCAGCCAGCAGAGUGUCCUCUACCAGUCCCUGCUGGAGCCUAUUACUGUGGCAACACAGCAGUGCCAGAGCUGUAGCCCCUUUCUGACAGAGCGACCUCACUCCUGUGAAAAUGGUGAAGUCUGGGGGUCAACGCUGAGCACAGACCUCAGGACUCGCUUGGGAACUUCAGGACGGAGGGGAAGUGCCCCCGUUAUUGACAGUCAAAGGGCAAACCAAAUAGCUCAACUCCACGCGUUCAUUCAGUCUCAGAGAUCAAUCAGUCCAACCCCCACGGUACCGGAGAACCAGUCAGAACUCAGUCCCACUGAGCUUCACUCAGAAGCCGAGGAUGGGUUUCCCGCCUGGACUACUGUGCCAGUGAUACAAGUCUUUCCUGUCUCCCAAACCUCUGAAUUCCGCCGCCUUAGUGAUACCAGCAUCAGACCACCGUCUGAGGCCACCAGUGAGCAAUUACCCCUCCCCUUGUCAAGUGGACGCAGACACUCUGACCUUAGUAGUCUUCUGAGUCUAACCUGUAAUCAUAAACCCCAUUCUACAGUACAUAGAGGCCAUAUAUGCCAAGCCUGCUUCUCUUUGCUUUUGUUGAAGUCACAAGAUGGAAACCAUCGCUACCCACCUGUCAUGCCAACACAUCAGUGUUCAUGUGACUUAAGACACCAUUCAGUAUCUGGUGGAAAAAUGAGCACCACUGGUUAUGGACAGCCAAAAGGUUCAAGUGAUUAUUCAAAUUUCUCGAUGCUGCAGCAGUCCCUGUUUAAUAUAAUCAGUCGCAGAGCAGCCCCUUGCCACACCACACCCACUCAAACCUCCUUGCUGCACUCCUCCGCAGCCCAGAGACCCACCCACAGUGAUGGAGACUGUGGCCCAAAGAGUCCAUCCCAGUUUGGCAGUUCUUUUGAGGACCGAGAGUCUCUCCAGGAGCGUGAGAAUGGAUACUGUUCCAGAGAGCAGCAAGCUACCACUGCUGUGGGAGUGGCCAGUUCUGCAAGUCACCAGAGUCAGUCAUCUGUCCAGGGCCAGCCCUCUUCAAACACAGCAGUGCACACACCUCAACAGUAUAUUCAGCACGGACACAGCCACCCUACUGCUCUAUAUGCUUGCCACCCCAAUGCUGCAACACAAGCUUCAGCCAGUUUAAGCUCAGUAAACAUUCAGCAACAAACCCAAACUGCAGUAAGUAUUGCGACAUCAGCUGUGCCGCAACAUGUUGCACAGAGCUACCAAGCAGCAGGACACCAACAGCAGCAGGCAACGGCAGCAAGCUCUCUGACUUUUCCCUUGCAAGUCCAGCAAACUUCUCAGAACUCUGUGGCCUCAGCUCAGGCACAGACUCAGUCUGCAGCAGGAUUUCUUCCAUCGGUUCAGCAUCAGACUGCAGCAAGUACUGUGCCCACACAGCAGCCAGCACAAAGCUGCCCCCUUGCAUCAGUUGCCCCAGCAGCAGUCCAGUAUCAGUCUGCACAUUCUCCCAGCACACCUCAGCAGGCCCAAGGCUCAGUCAAACAGCCCAGUCAACAGCCUGCUCAGAACUCCUCCACACCAGCACUUUACAGCCAGCAAAUAUCCAUUCAAGAGCACCAACAACCUUCAACACAAAACACACAGUUAAAUGUACAGAAGACACUAAAUGCUGAACAGAGUUAUCAGUUUAGCCAAGAAACCUUGCAUACCAUACACCAACAAAUGGCACAACCACUUACCCUCCCAUCUCAAAGUCUACAAUGUCCAACACAGAGCCAAGUACACUCUGCGACUCUUCAGCAACACAGUCAAAAAGUCAUGCAGACUGCUGUUCUACAACAGAACCAGGAUGCAUCCCAAUCUCAGCCCUAUCCUACACCAACCCCAGCUGCACAGGUUUCUACAGAGCAACGGACUUACUUUAAGCCAGGUCUACCCGAAGCUGCCCCUCAGAGCUAUGCACAUUCGGUCCUCCAACAGACUGAAUCAGGCCAGAGCCAAUACCUGCUGGCACAGCCUGUUACUGCUCCUCAGAGUUACGGAGGAGUGGCAGCUACUCAGAACUAUCCAGCUUCUUCCCAGCGAAGCCAUGCGGCACAUAUCGCCCAACAGAAUAUCCUCACUGGUCAGACCAUUUCACAGCUUGGGCAAGAUGGACAGAGCUUUGGACAGAAUCUCAGCCAGUCAUCUUCCACUGCAUCAAACCAGCCACCUCCUUUUCAGUCAGUGGCUCAGACCACUGUCCACCAAACACUCCAACCUCUGCAGAUUUCAACCUCACUCCCAAAACCCCAGUUUCCCUCACAGUAUCCCACAGUCCAGGUGAUGGCAGCUGUGACUGACUGUGAAUCUUCCUACUCUCACUCCUGCUCUGCUCCUCACCCUUCAGUCUCCUCUUCCCUAAAUCAUAUCUUCCUUUCUCCUGGACACACACUCCCUGUCACCCCCUCUGUCUCUCCUCUUUCACCUCUGCAAAUUGAAAGUGUUUUAGUUUCACCCAUCGCUAUGUCCCUAAUGCCAUCUCCCUCCCCUGUGCUGGGUAGGGUAGAGCCCACAUCCCCACAUCAUCAACCCACUGCUGCUCUGCAGCAGACUGCUAAGUCUGAGGCUUCUCAUACACAUUAUGCAUUCACAUCAGUUCUAACCACCAACCAUGUAAACGCACACAUUGCACCGUGCCAGAGCACACUGGCUCCCACAAUUGGCAGCAGUCAGGCUCUGAUACAGCAGGUUCCUCUACAAGCCCAAGUCAGCUAUCCUGAGAGUGUCCCUGCUGCACAGCCAAUCCAAUCUGCUCAGCUUGCACAACCUGCAGUAUUCUCCUCACCUGUGCAGAAUGGGGCAGACCUGUGCACAACUACUGCAGCAACCCAGCUGGACAACACAAAGUCACAGGCCCAGCACCAGAGUCGGGUUCACAGCCAAGUUCCUGUGCCACAAUCCUCUGACUCACAGAGCGCAUCAUCUGGGUCUGCCAGUUCCAGUCUUCCUCCUCAGAAAAAGCUCAGUACAGUCACAGGUGCUACAAGUCAGGGUCCUGCAGAGGUUAACUUGGAGGAUCAGCUUGCAGAGAAGCACACAGGAGGACAGAGCUAUGACAGUGUCAACUCAGAUGCCACAUCAGGGAAGGAGAUGAGUGAUGGUUAUGAGGGGACACAUGGAGGUAAAGGUGAUGGGAAAGUGCGCAAACACCACCGCAGAUCUACACGCACACGUUCUCGACAGGAGAAGAUUAGCAGACCAAAGCUCAGCAUGCUCAACGUGUGUAAUACUGGAGAUAAGAUGGUUGAGUGCCAGCUGGAGACUCAUAACCAUAAAAUGGUCACUUUUAAAUUUGACCUAGAUGGAGAUGCACCAGAAGAGAUCGCUACUUACAUGGUGGAGAAUGAUUUUAUUCUCCCACUGGAAAAAGAGGUUUUUAUUGAACAGUUGAAAGACAUUGUGGACAAAGUUGAGGACAUGCUGAGUGAGGACACAGAGGGUGAGAGGAACUCUGACCAGGGAUGCAGCACUAAACAGAGUGAAGGAGUUGGUGCACAGGGAGCAGAGGCUUCAGAACUCAGCACCCCACAGCUAGUGUACCAACAAAAUGUCCUUCACACUGGCAAGCGCUGGUUUAUCAUCUGCCCUGUUGCUGAGACACCCAUGCAAGACAAAUUGCAGACUUCUACAGCCCAGGAGUACAAAAAGUCUGAGUCAUUGUCAGUGAGGCCCAACAGUAACACAGCUAGUGAGACGACACCGGUUACAUCUUUAUCUUCCCAAAGCCCGUCCUCUUCCUCCUCUCAUCCCAACUCAGUGCAACCUCCAGACAAAAUCACUGGCGAAUCCCAGGUCCAGCAGACCCAACCUUCCAUAACUAAGCAUGUCCUUGCUGCUGGAAACACUGAGCAUCACAACUCCCUUCCUGCUGAAGAACUUUGCAUCUCUGCUGUGUCUAUGGUAACAGAUAUGCCAUGCUGUGCUAUUGUGCCGCCUGUCUCCCUGGAUACCAUUGAUAAAGGAGCAGGAGCUGGCAUUUUGGUCUCAUCACAGACUAAUCAAUCAAAUCAGAAGGCCAGCCCUACUGGAGAACUACCACCUCAGCUGGUCAGUCACCAAUCUGUGGUUCUGCAGCAGCCUUAUGCUACACCCAUGCAGCCAGGGACUGUGACCUCCCAGCCUCAGAGCCCUGCACAUCAAGGUUCCCAGUCUUCAAACCAGCAGCAGUGUGGGGGGCAAGGAGAAUCAGACAGUGAGGGACCUCGUAGGGUGGAGUUUGUUGACCGUACCAUCAAGACUCUGGAUGAAAAGCUCAGAAACCUACUGUACCAGGAGCAUACUCCCUGCCAGACCUCCGGCACCACCUCUGAACCUCAGGCCUCAAGCACAGAAGGACUGCGCUCCCCUGCAGUCUCAGAUGGCCAGAGCACAGAGGGAACGCUCACAAAGAAAAAGAUGGAACAGCUGCCCCAGAUUCCUGAGUGCACAGAUAGUGUGGGUGUGUUAAGUGACUCUGCAGCAGCAGCUUCAAACAGGACUUUGAAGAGAACAGAUGUGCCUGCUAGCUCCUGCUCAUACAGCUCCAAAAGCCGUUUUCAAAUCAUCCCCACUCCACCUGAUGUCAUUUGUAACUCAGAAAAAAGCAAGAAGAGCUGCAGCACAUGCAGUUCCCCAGCACCCUCUAGUGGUUCUGGAGGGUCUCACAGUCAGACCCAGAACGUGGAGCAGAAAGGGAAGGGAUGUCUGGCAACAUCCAAGUCCUCUGGGACAGCUGGAGCUGAUAAGAAUGCAGGACCAUCUGAACCUCACAGUGGUAACCGUUACUCUGCCCCACCAAACUUCUAUCAAGUCACCCCCACUUCCAGUCCUGAAGUCACCCCACGCCAUAUCCCCAGAGCCCAGACUAUUGACGCUUCGACCCAUCACCCCUAUCGCCGCUGCUCUGACUCAGCCGACGAGGACAGCAGUAGCAUGGCACUUCCUCCGGCUUACACUGCUCCUCCAGCUCAUACCCUGUCUGAGCACAGUGGAAGUGACCUCAUGAAGAGGGCAGUAGCUUUCUUGCGGCGCUCUGGUCGAAGCAAAAGUGAGCAGAGCUCUGAUUCACCAAGCCGACAACCUGUGGCAAUAAAUGGUCACACUCCUUCGCCUGCUGCGGGACAUGCCCACUCAUCUUACAUCAGCAGCGACAAUGACUCGGAGUUUGAGGAUGCAGACAUGAAGAAAGAACUGCAGAAACUUAGAGAAAAACACAUGAAGGAGAUCUCUGAGCUGCAGGCGUUCCAGAGGAGUGAGAUUGAACAUCUGUACAAGGGGCUGGGAAAAACUCUGCCCCCCAAUGUCAGCCUGCUUCAUGCCGCUCCACCAACUGGCCGAAGGCGUAGAACCAGCAAGCACAAGCUAAAAGCUGGAAAACUGCUCAACCCGAUGGUGCAGCAGCUCAGAAAUAAUCUUAACACCACCAGUGUUGAGAGGAAAGGUGAGAGUGCUGCUAGUUCAUCUAGCUCCCCAGCUAAAAGUUCACUUUUGUCAGAGGGCUCUGCUCACUCAAGUGGCAGCUCCAGCUCCAGCAAUCAGCCAAGCACAGGCCAGCAGCAGGUCCACACCCAGCAACCCUGUUCCCUGAAGGGUUCUUUCUCCUCCGACAACAUCUACGCUGGGCGACAUGCUGAUGGAAUGGCCAACCAAACUGGCCCUGGCCAAGGCUGGACGGUUUACCACCAAACGUCAGAGAGAGUCACCUAUAAAUCUAGUAGCAAACCACGCACUAGAUUCCUCAGUGGACCUGUGUCUCUGUCCAUCUGGUCCACUCUGAAACGACUAUGUCUAGGCAAAGAGCGCAGUAGUAGGUCAUCUCUUAACACCACCACAGCACAGACAGCCUCCAGUCAAACACAGCCAUCAGUAACUGCAGCCACGCCCUCACCCUCUCAUCAGCCAUUCACACGACUCGCUCAGGUCCAGACCAACAACAGCAACAACAAGAGAGGCACAUUUACCGAAGAUCUCCACAAACUCGUAGAUGACUGGACAAAGGAGACUGUAGCAGCAGCCAGUCAGCCACGGCCCUCCCUGAACCAGAUAAAACAGCAGAAACACCAGCAGAGCCUGGACGGCAGGCUGCCGCCGAUGGGAGCAGUUACACAAGAGAUAAAAUGCCAUGUAGUUCCCAACAAGUUCCAGCUUCCUCUCUCAUGCCCAAUGACUGCUGCUUUAAGCCCUGGUAUGCCUGCGGCCCUAGCACCAAAUUCCUCCACAACACUCCCUCCUGGUUACCUUGUGCCAGUGGGCUCCUAUGGUGGGAUGGUCCCAGGUCCUCUUUACCCCCAGCAGUGGCCUGGCUUGCCUAGUCCUGUAGGCUCUGUCGUUCCCAUAGGCUUACUUGGUGCUCCGAGAGCGAUGCCCUACGCCACAGUGGCAAACCCAGGAAUCCGAGCCUUUCCUUUGGUCAUGCACAAUCCCGAGAAUGCUCCCUUUCCAAAAACCACUAGGACUACCUGAUCUGCUACCUAAACUGUGUUUGUGUGUCUGCUCCAUUCAGUCACACAUGUACAUAGUCUGAUGUUGUAAAUAACAUGAUGGAAGUGUUGGUAUUCUUUAUACAACACGUAUAUCUGUUAGUCUGUUCAGUUGUGUGUGCGUGUGUGUAUGUGUGUUAAUACUAUACAGUUCAUGUUAAGUAUGUAUGAAUGCCUAAUGCUUUUUUUGGCUUUAGUCUUAACUAAACUCAGCCAUACAAGACAUUUUAUCAAAAUAUAUUUCACAAUUUUUUUAUUCUAAUUUGUUUUUUGUUACUGCAGUUUCCACAUUGCUUCUUGCCUUUUUGUUUUGUUUGUUUUAUGUACACUUUAAACACUACAUUGGAAUCCAAAUACCAGUGUCUUGGGAUUCAGUGACAGAACAGUAUUUACGGUUAAAAUAUUUUCAAGAAUGUAGUGCCUUGAACAUGGAUUUCUAUGAUUUUUUUUUUUUUUUUUUUUUUAACAUUUUUGCAUCCAAGUUGUUUUAUUUAAAGGUAGCUUGAUUGCAGCCUCUUUUUUUUGCAUUGCAGAUUUUUUUUUUUGUUGUUUACAUAUGAAUGCCCUUCUAGUACUGCACUAUUAACACAGUAUAUAUUCUUAUUUAAAAAGUAGAAUCAUAUUUUAACUCUUGUUUACUUUUCACCCCUGUGACAGAUGGAAUGCCAUAGUGGUGAGAUGUUCUGAUGCCUUGCAGAAACAAAUGUACAACUGAUGAGGGAUGGAAAAAAUUAUUUGCCAGCUGCCAAAAUUCACUCAUUCAGGUCAAAUGGUUCAGUCGGACACAGCCUCUCCCCCCCCCUCCCACACACACACACACUUUCUUUAAUUGGACAACCUACGCAUUGGACAGCUUGAGAGCUGGCAGUGCUGUGGUGAAAAGGCGGUGUCCAGAGCCAUACAUACUGUACAUAGCUCUUUCUACAGUGUAUGCCUCUGGUAGUGUUCUGAUCAGAAUGUAGCAAUUAAUAUCUGAAGGUUAGAGGCUCAGAAGUGCAAUUUAAACCCUCCAUAAAGCUUUGAUCGUGGCCUUGCCACAAGCCUUAUGUUUGAUAUGUGCAACAGCUGCAAGCUUAAAAAGCUGAGCAAAGUCACAAAUCACCAAAACAACAGUAAAUGGCUACCAUUUAAAGUAUAAAUACAACACACCACCCAGCAAAGUCUCAGUUCACUACUGCUAAAUUGUUUUUUUUAACUUGGCUAGUACGUAACAUAUACCUUAUGUAAAAUGAUUUGUGCAAUCAGCAGUUAGGUGGGAUGUUUAUAAUUUAUUUGAUGUUCAUUUGAUUAACUUUUUUUUUCUUUUUUUGAGGGGGGGGGGGGCGCUGCUAUUUUAUUAAGAUGAUUCUACUGUAAAGUUGAGCAUUUUUUUUCUAUGUGAUGGUACGCAAGACUAAUAUUCCUUGAAUUAACAAAGGACAUGCUUGCUUUUAAUGACCGCCUGAUUUCUUUUCAGUAAUGUAAUGCAAAAUUAAAAUGACACUUGACUUGGGGGGGAUUUGCACAACAUACAGUCUCCCUUUAUGUUUGAGUUCUUGCACUGUAUAGUGUGUUUCACUCAGCUGUAUUUUUUUAAUUACUGACAAGCAUGGCCAACCUUUCAUGUUCCACAAAGCAAAUAAACAGUACAUAUAUUAUGGUUACAAAUGUCACAUCUUCACAACACAAUAUAAAAGUUUCAGCACCCCUGUCCUGCCAAAGCUGUGAAUUGUAAAGUUUUCUUGUAGCUUGUAUUUGUACAUUUAAUUUUGACUGUUUAGAGGUAAUGCUGAUAAAGGCAGGGUUGUUUUGAUGUAUAUUAUUCCAUCAAUUCAGUUUGAAUUGGAAUUUUAUAGGAUAUUAUGCAGAGUCUUCUGCUUUGGUGAAAUACUUCUAAUAGUAAGAGAUUUCUGUUCUCUGUCACUUGUAUCUGGUAUGUUUUGUUCCACCUCCUUGACUUCUCCCAACAAGAGAGCAGAGGAGGGGAUAACUUGUUUGCAUAUUCAUAUUCAUUUGGACACAGUGAUCAAAUGGAGAGCUAAAAUGCACAGAGAAGUCUUAACAUUUUUUUCUCUGCACAUAUCACUUCUGGCUGCCCACAUAUGAUUAUGCUCCGAUUGUCCAAAGGCUUGUAUUUAAAUGGUGUGGGAUUGCUUUUGCCUGCUCUACAUCCCACUGCAUUACCCCACCUUGUCCUGCUGCACUCUUAUUACAGACUGUAUGUUGAGAGAGAAAUAAAUAUUUUGUGCUUGA